UGUACGCACGAAUGCCUGUGUGUGCGUGCGUGGUUUGUGUGUGUGUGUGUAAUUGUGUGUGUAUAUAUAUGUGUGUGUGCGUGCGUGCAUGAUGUAUCUGUGUGCGUGUAUCUCUGUGUGUGUGUGUGCUUGUGUAUGUACGUGUGCACGUGUGUUUUUGUCGGUGUAUGCAAUUACUUCAUUGUAUGCAGUUACUUCAUUGUAUGCAGUUACGUCAGUGUAUGCAGUUACUUCAGUGUAUGCAGUUGCGUCAUUAUAUGCAGUUACUUCAUUGUAUGCAGUUACUUCAUUGUAUGCAGUUGCAUUCUAAAUUUUAUAGUUAACUCAAUUUUUCGUUAUAUAGGACAUAAGAGAGAAGAAUAG